AUGGUAUCACAAUUUCCAAACUUCCUACAACAAAUUUUUAUCCCACCAUCAGACCUAGUUCAAUAUCUAGAAAAUACAAUAAAAAAAACGGCUACUGAUGAUGGUGGUGGUGUCUCGGAAACAACAGGAAACAAAUCAUUGCUAGGUUUCUGCUACGAGUAUGGAAUUGGAACAACACCGAAGUUGAAUUCAGCUUUCAAUUUAUAUAAAGAAGUGGCACUUCAUAAUGACAAAUACGCACAAAACUUCGUAAACAUGGCUGGGAAGUUCGCAGUCGGGCUUUGUCUUGGUCGAGGAAUUGGUACCCAAAGAAACGAAGCAGAAUCACGCAUAUGGUACCGUAUCGCUGCUGAAGGUGGUGAAGCUAGCGGCGCGAAUUCAUUGGCGAGAUGUUAUUCAAAAGGGUAUGGUGGUAAAGUUGAUCUAUAUAAAGCUGCGUAUUGGUAUCGUAAGUCAGCACAACUGGAGAAUUCUGAUGGGCAGUUCACCCUUGGCGCGAUGUGUUGGAGUGGACGUGGCGUAUCACGUGAUUUGCACGAAGGUUUCAAGUAUUUGCGUCGUGCCUAUAAGAAUGGAAAUGAGACAACCAUCCGUUUUCUGUUAUGGCGAGGAUUGCAUUUCUCUAAAUUCACAUUUAUUGAGAAUUUCAAUUGA